AUGAACUCACCAAAGCAGCAGAAUUCGUCAUCUGUUCAAGCUGUGAUUGGCAAUGAUGAUCUUCUCACUGAGAUUCUAUUUCGUCUGCCAGCAAGAUCAGUCUUGAAAUUCAAGUUUGUAUCCAUGCGAUGGCUCUCCAUUAUUUCUGGCUCCAGCUUCGCCAUCCGCCACACCCACUUUAAUCCUCACACUAUCUCUUCUCUUAUCUUCAAAGUUUCAUACUAUCUCAAGCGACCACCUUCCUUCAGAUAUGUUUCUCUUGAUGGGAAAUCAUUAGUUAAUAAUUCCUCUGAUUUUCUUAAUUUUGACCCCAAUAACGCUGGAAGAUCAUAUGUUUAUAACUCUUGCAAUGGCUUGCUUUUGUGUUCUAAAAGGAGAGGGUAUUCUUUUGAGAGAUCUAUAUUAACAGAUUAUAUAUUCAAUCCUAGUACAAGACAAUUUGCAAUCCUACCUCCACGCCCUGGCCAAGGGAACCAUUUUAAUCGGAUUCAAUUGGCAUUUGAUCCUUCGAAAUCACCUAGCUACCAGGUUGUUUGCACUCACUUCUUUAACUCAGUUAUUAAAAUCUAUGUCUACUCAUCUGAUACCAAGGACUGGAGGCUUUCUGCGAACGAAGAAAAUUUUGAUUCUUUAUCCGUUAACUUUGAUAAAGGCGUGUUUUGGAAUCGUGCUAUUCAUUGGAUGAGUCUUAUGGGAAAUGGGUUCAGUUUCUUCCUUGAUAAGGAAUCCUUCCAAACAAUUCCAAGACCUCCACUUCCUGAGAAUUGGCACGAUCAAAAUUUCGGCUACUUUGGGGAGUCUGGAGGCAAUUUGCAUUUUAUUGGGCUUGUAGCUGCUAACCAAACUAAUCCUGAUGAUUUUACCUCCCUUGAUAUGUCCAGUGACCAAUCCAUAGUAGUUUAUGCUUUGGAGAAAGGCUGCUCAGAGUGGUUUGUUAAGUACUGUCUCCAAAUGAAUGCCAUUGUAUUGGCAUAUCCGAAGAAGUACUGUCUACAAACGAAUGCCAUUGCAAUGGCACAUCCUGGGGUAAUUGAGUAUCUUACAUUCUCACCAUUUUCAGAGAUUGUAUUGUCAUUUAUCGAGGGGAACAGUGAGGCAGGGCCAUUGCUGGUGAUGAGAAUCCCUGGCGACAUCCUGUCAUACAGUUUCAAAGGCAAGACAUUCAAGAAGAUUUUGAGCCUUCCUCCUUUUGAUCACGCUUCCUACUGUGCUUUCAAGCACGGGGAGACCUUAUCUUGGUCUUUUGUUGAGAGGGACAAUGAGACCGGGCCAUUGCUGGUCAUGAACAUCCCAGACUCACCAAAGCAGAAGAAAUCAUCAUCUGUUGAUGCUGUCAUCGACAACGAUGACCUUCUCACUGGGAUUUUAGUGCGUCUGCCUGCGAAAUCUGUCCUGAAAUUCAAGUUAGUCUGCAAGAAAUGGCUCUACAUCAUCUCCCACCCAAGUUUCGCUAUCCACCACACCUACCUCAAUCCUCACACCAUCUCUGCUCUAAUCCUCAAAUUGUCAUUCCUUUUCAAUAAACCAAGUAGCUACCAAUAUGUUUCUCUUGAUGGGAAAUCAUUAGUUACUGUUCCCUCUGAUUUUCUUCGUUUUGACCACAAAAACCCUGGAAGUACUUUUGUUUCUCAGUCCUGCAAUGGCUUGCUUUUGUGUUCUAGAAGGAGAUGGUAUUCUGGAGAGAGAACUGAAUCGACAGAUCAUUAUGUAUUCAAUCCUACUACAAGACAAUUUGCAAUUCUUCCUCCACCCGCUGGCCAAGGAAUCCAUUUUAAUUGGAUUCAAUUGGCGUUUGAUCCUUCAAAAUCGCCUCGCUACCAGGUUGUUUGCACUCACUUCCUCAACUCUGUGCUUAAAAUUCAGGUAUACUCAUCUGAGACCAAGGAUUGGAAGCUCUGUGUGAACCAAGAAAAUUUUGAUUCCCUAUGUGUUAACUUUGCAAAUUGUGUCGUUUGGAAUGGUGCUCUUCAUUGGAUUAGUCCUAUGGGGAAUGGUUUCAGCUUCUUGCUUGAUAAGGAAUGCCUCCAAAAAAUUCCAAGGCCUCCACUUCCUGAGAAUUGGCAGGUUCAUAAUUUCAGAUAUUUUGGUGAGUCUGGUGGCCAUUUACAUUUUAUUGGGUUUCAAGCUAGCAACAUAAAUCCUGAUGAUUUGAGCAUGGGUAUCAUCUCCCCUUAUAUGUCUACUGACCAAAGUCCAGAUCAAUCCAUAGUAGUUUAUGCCAUGGAGGGAGGCUGCUCAAAAUGGUUUAUCAAGUACUCUCUACAUAUAAAUGCCAUUACAAUGGCAUGUCCUGGGAUGAUUGAGGAUCCUCCAGUCUUACCAUUUUCAGCGAAAGUAUCAGUUAAAGUACUGUCUUUCAUCGACGAGAGCGACGAAAAAGGGCCAUUGAUGGUGUUGAACAUCCCUGGUGGCAUCAUAUCUUACAGCUUCAAGGACAAAACAUUCAACAAUAUUUGGAGUUUUGCUCCUUUCAAGCAUGCUAUCUGCGAUGCUUUCAACUACACCGAAACAUUAUCGUGGAUCUAA